GAUGCACUGCUAGGGGUUUUUUUUGACCUAUCACACCAUUGGGGUUUAAGAAGUCUCCCUUCACUCUCUGUGAAAUCAUGGUGUCUCUUGCUAAAAUACACUGCCGUUACCAACUCCUCCUCAACCUAUCCCCCAAACGCCACUGUCCUCUAUUCCCAAAACCCCUCUCUUCUGUUUCAUUCAGAUCAACAGUACGCCCAUUUUCUUCAUCACCUCCGUUCAAAUUACGCUCCAUCAGAGCCUCAUACUAUCGAUCCAAUGAUCCCCUCGAAACUAUAGGCCCCAUCUUCAAAACCACCUGCACGGUCGCCGUAGCAGCGGCCACAAUUUUCUUCAUGUGGCUCAAGAUCAACCACAAAACCGUGAUAAUCGCCCCAACCCCAGCAGCAGCAAUCGAGUCUGCCUCCAAACAAUUAACUCUUGAAGAACAAGAGACAACUCUGGAGUCUGACUACUUAACUCGAUACCCUGAUAACUUCAAAGUUUUAUGGUCCCUAAUGGAGGUUAAGAUCAAAUUGGGCAAGUUCCAGGAGGCAACUGAUGUUAUCAAUAGUAUGAUCGUGUGCCAGCCGAGAGCAAUUGAAUUGAAGGUGUUAAAAGCACAAAUUUAUUGCUUAAUUGGGGAGCAGGAGUUGGCGAAGAAGGAGUUUAUGGCAGCAUUAGUGGAAGCCCCAUAUCGUAAGGAAACUAAAGAUGCCAUGAUCGUAGCUUAUUUGGAGUCGGGUCAAGAAUGGAAGGAUUUGAAGAUGAUGAUUAGCAAGGCAAUGGAGAUAUGCAAUCGGGCCAAGCAGCUCAAGGAGUCAAGGGAAUGGAAAGAGUUGAUUGCGUGGAUACGUAUAAUUUGUAGAGUGAUAAUUGAGAUACUGAGUAUUAUAGCAGAGAGUAGUGAGGAUAAAGACUAGCUAGUUAUAAUAUGCGAGAAUAUUUCCUCAACACGGGCAAUUUUAUUUUUUGGAGCGGUUGUUUGCUUUGACUAAAACUUAAUUAGGAUU